UGUCCCUCUGCCCGCGCCGUCCUCCCGCCCGCUCGCCGGCUUUGGCUGCACUUCCUACUUCCGGUGCCGGGGCUAUAAGAGCCCCUUCCGUCCCCGCGCCCGGCCCGCUUCUGCCCGGAACCCGCCGCCACCGAUCCUGCCAUGAACGCCCCGGGGCUCAGCUUGGAAAAGAUCGCGGCUUUCACCAAAAAACUGGCGUCAGAGCCGCAGUUCUUGCUGGCCCGAAAUGUUGCAACCACCACUGACCCACUGGAGGUGUGUCUCGACCGGCAAGUGGUGCAGGAGACGGUGCACGUGUUCCAGCAUACCGUGCCUGCAGAAGGCAAGCCAGUCACUAACCAGAAAAACUCAGGGAGAUGCUGGAUCUUUUCAUGUCUGAAUGUGAUGCGUCUUCCUGUCAUGAAGAAGUUUAACAUUGAAGAGUUUGAGUUUAGCCAAGCAUAUCUCUUCUACUGGGAUAAGAUCGAACGCUGCUACUAUUUUUUAAAUGCCUUUGUGGAAACAGCUCAGAAAAAUGAGCCUGUAGAAGACCGGCUGACACAGUUCCUGCUUUCCAACCCCACCAAUGAUGGAGGACAGUGGGAUAUGCUGGUUAAUAUUAUUGAAAAACAUGGCGUUAUCCCCAAGAAAAAUUUCCCUGAGUCUCACACCACAGAGGCCUCCAGGAGGAUGAAUGAGAUUUUGAAUCAUAAGAUGAGGGAGUACUGUGUGCGGCUAAGAAACAUGGUAGCAAGUGGGUCAACUAAGGAAGAGCUCACUGCUGCAAAGGACACUAUGAUAGAGGAGGUAUUCAGAAUAGUGAACACCUGUUUGGGGAACCCUCCUGAGACCUUCUCCUGGGAGUUCCGAGAUAAGGAGAAGAACUACCACAAGAUUGGCCCUAUGACACCACUGCAGUUCUAUCAGGAACACAUCAAACCCCUCUUCAACAUGGAAGACAAGAUUUGUCUAGUGAAUGAUCCUCGACCCCAGAACCAGUACAACAAGCUAUACACCGUAGCGUACCUGGGCAACCUGGUGGGAGGAAGAAAAACCCUUUACAACAACCAGCCUGUUGAUCUGUUGAAGAAGCUGGCUGCAGCUUCUAUUAAAGAUGGCGAGGCAGUGUGGUUCGGCUGCGAUGUUGGAAAAUACUUCCAUAGCAAGCUGGGCAUCAUUGACCUGAAUGUGUUUGAUCAUGAGCUGGUGUUCGGUGUCUCCGUCAAGAACAUGAACAAAGCAGAACGAUUAAUCUUUGGAGAAUCAAUGAUGACCCAUGCCAUGGUCCUCACUGCCUUCACGGAGAAGGAUGGGCAAGAAGGAUCCAUUGAGAAAUGGAAGGUGGAGAACUCCUGGGGUGAAGACCGUGGUAUUAAAGGUUACCUGAUCAUGUCUGAUGACUGGUUUUCAGAGUAUGUGUACGAAGUGGUGGUGGAUAAGAAAUACGUGCCAGAAGACAUCUUAGCAGUGAUGCAGCAGGAACCCAUUGUCUUGCCAGCAUGGGACCCCAUGGGUGCAUUAGCCAAGUGAACUGCACAGUACUUGUCUCCUAAUGGUCAACCAGAAGUAGAUGUGAUAGAGAAUCCCAGAGAUUGGAAGCCAUAGCCAGAUGAUGAGACCAAGCACACAGCUUGGUCCAUAAUCUUUAAAUGUAUGUGAAGAAUCUUUUUGGGAAAUAGCGCUUUACUGAAUGGCUGAAUAAAAAAGCUGUCAGGCUAUUCUGUGUGUGCGCACACACAAAAUUUACCCACCUCAUCAUGAUACUGUAUAAUAAGUGCUUUCAAUGUCCGUUUGAGUUUUUACCUUUUUUAAUAAUGAACAUAACUCUGUAAAACUGUUUUGACCAGUGCUUUCCAUAGGAGAGGGGGUUGUAAAUGGCCAUAUUUUAGGCUAAUUAGCUGAGUGAUAUUAGGAAAAAUACAGCAAAAUGUUUAUAAGAAGUCUUUCACGUUUUUAUUUGUACUAUAAAAGUAUCCAGAUUCAGUAUUGGCUUAAUUUUGUUUCUAGGGAGCUAUUCACAUUUUUGGUUUUCUGCAUAAUAGGAGUUGGUCUUAAGGAGGUAGGUCUACAGCGAUGGUUCCAUUUUCUUCUAGUAAUUUUUCCAAAACUGUUUCCUAUUCCAGCAGCAUUGAGCCUUUGUACUUAGCCUGACUUACUUUGAUAGGGAAGAGCAGAAAGUAUGACGGACUGAUUCGGGCGUGAGUCAAUCUGUACUCACAGGAGCGUUAUUUUUCAAUAAGAUUAGCAAGGACAACCGUAAUAAAUAUGAUCACAGGCAAAGUUAAAGAAUAUGGUGCUCUAGCACAGUGGUCUCCAAACUUUUUUGAUCGUGCACCCCAUCAGUAAAAAAUUUUGAGCACUCACCCCCGUCCGAACGGCUGAAGCGCCAAAAAAAAAAAAGCCACCCGAACUGCCAAAGCACUGCUCCUGCCACGCACCCCGAAGGAUCCUCUUGGGCACCCCCUGGGGUGUGCACAUCCCACUUUGGAAACCACUGCUCUAGCAAAACUGGAUUUUUAAUUACUGCAUUUUAUUUGGACAUCUUAAAACUAGAUGGUGCUAUGAUGCUUUUAAAUAAAACACUUUCUGGAGUUAUGG